AUGGCCUCGCCUACCCCCCCAGCAAACGGUACUCCCACCGGACGCUUGUCUCCCGACAGCAGGGCCGAAUCUCCCUUUGUUGAGCGCAGUAACCCCAUGGGCUCUGGCAACGCUCAAACCGUCAGCUCAAAGGACCCCAAGGCCGUCGCCCAGGCUGCCACCGAUAUGAAGAACGUCGUUCGCCGCAAGCUGACCGGCUACGUUGGUUUCGCCAACUUGCCCAACCAAUGGCACCGUAAGAGUGUCCGUAAAGGAUUCAACUUUAACGUGAUGGUUGUCGGUGAAUCUGGUCUCGGAAAGUCGACUCUCGUCAACACAUUGUUCAACACCUCUCUCUACCCCCCGAAGGAGCGCGCUGCCCCUAGCCACGACAUCAUCCCCAAGACUGUGGCCAUCCAGUCCAUCAGCGCCGAUAUCGAGGAGAACGGUGUCCGUCUUCGUCUCACCGUCGUCGACACCCCUGGAUUUGGUGACUUUGUGAACAACGAUGACUCGUGGCGCCCGAUUGUCGAGAACAUUGAGCAGAGAUACGACGCCUACCUCGAGGCCGAGAACAAGGUCAACCGCACCAACAUCAUUGACAACCGUAUCCACUCUUGCGUCUACUUCAUCCAGCCUACGGGCCACUCCCUGAAGCCUCUGGACAUUGAGGUCAUGCGCCGGUUGCACACCAAGGUCAACCUGAUUCCCGUCAUUGCCAAGGCCGAUACUCUUACGGACGAGGAGAUUGCUUUGUUCAAGCAGAGAAUCCUCGCCGAUAUCCAGCACCACUCGAUCCAGAUCUUCGAGGGCCCCCGCUACGAGCUCGACGACGAAGAGACCAUCGCUGAGAACCAGGAGAUCAUGUCUAAGGUCCCCUUUGCCGUUGUUGGUGCCAACUCGGAAGUCACAACCGCCGACGGUCGUCAGGUCCGUGGCCGUAGCUACCCCUGGGGUACCAUUGAGGUCGACAACGAGGAGCAUUGCGACUUUGUCAAGCUGCGCCAGAUGUUGAUCCGUACCCACAUGGAAGAGCUCAAGGAGCACACUAACAACAGCCUCUAUGAGAACUACCGCUCUGAGAAGUUGACCCAGAUGGGUGUUGCCCAGGACCCAAGCGUCUUCAAAGAGGUCAACCCUGCCGUCAAGCAGGAGGAGGAGCGGGCUCUCCACGAGCAGAAGCUUGCCAAGAUGGAAGCCGAAAUGAAGAUGGUCUUCCAGCAGAAGGUGGCAGAAAAGGAAAGUAAGCUGAAACAGAGCGAAGACGAACUGUACGCCCGACAUCGCGAGAUGAAGGAUCAAUUGGAUCGUCAACGCGUCGAACUAGACGAAAAGAAGGGUCGUCUGGAAAGCGGACGGCCGAUCGAGGAGAAGGGAAAGAGAAAGGGGUUCUCACUCCGUUAA